UCGAUUGGUUGUCUACUCUUCGCUGCGUCCGGUUUGUAGUUCAAUAUUGUACUUCGAACUUGGAGUGGAAUUCGGGAAGAUAGUCAGGAGUAGAUAGUCAAACAGAGGCGAAAUGGAAGAAGUAACAGGCGCACAAAUAAUCGCCGAAGCUCUUAGAGUUCAAAAUGUGGAGUACAUGUUUGGAAUCGUUGGUGUUCCGGUUAUAGAAGUUGCCAUGGCUGCCCAGGCUGCAGGCAUCAAGUAUGUGGGCAUGCGGAAUGAGCAGGCGGCUUGCUAUGCUGCAUCAGCUGUCGGAUACCUAACAGGACGCCCGGCGGUGUGUCUGGUGGUGUCAGGGCCGGGACUCAUCCAUGCACUUGGGGGGAUGGCCAAUGCCAACACGAACUGCUGGCCUGUGCUUGUUAUUGGGGGCUCCUCUGAUCAAAACCAAGAAACCAUGGGGGCCUUUCAGGAGUUUCCUCAGGUGGAAGCCUGUCGUCUGUACAGCAAGUUUUCCGCCAGACCCAGCAGUCUGGAAGCCAUACCCUCUGUGAUUGAAAAGGCUUUGCGAAGCAGUAUAUAUGGGCGUCCUGGUGCCUGCUACAUCGACAUACCGGGGGACAUGGUAAAUGCAAGAGUGGGCAGAGACAGAGUGAGAGCUGUGUCCUGCUGCCCGCCUCCUCCUAUGAGUUUGGCUGAGCCCACAGCUAUUGCAAAAGCAGUCUCUGUGCUGGGGGAAUCAAAACGUCCACUUCUCAUCGUCGGCAAAGGUGCAGCCUAUGGGAAGGCCGAAAAUGAGGUUCGGGAGCUGGUCGAGUUAUGCGGGCUCCCCUUCCUGCCCACUCCCAUGGGCAAAGGGCUGCUACCUGAUGAUCACCCUAACUGUGUGGCUGCUGCUCGAUCUAGGGCCCUUCUUCAGGCGGAUGUCAUUGUGCUUCUCGGUGCAAGGCUGAAUUGGAUGCUGCACUUUGGCCUUCCUCCACGAUUUCACCCCCAGGUGAAGAUCAUACAGGUUGACCUUUGUGCUGAAGAGAUGGGGAACAACGUCAGACCUGUUGUUGCACUCCUGGGUGAUGUCCGUGCUGUCGUCAGUCAGCUGUUGGGAUGUUUUCGUAAAGACGCGUGGCGGUAUCCUUCUGAUACGGAAUGGUGGAAGAUGCUGAAGGAGAAAAUGGCUGCCAAUGCAAAAAUAUCCAAGAGUCUGGCUGUCCAGGAAACCCUCCCCAUGAAUUACUAUACUGUGUUCCACCACAUCGCCCAGCUCCUGCCCCGAAACUGCGUCAUCGUCAGCGAAGGGGCCAACACCAUGGACAUUGGGCGGACUCUGCUCCAUAACUAUCUCCCACGGCACAGACUGGACGCUGGCACAUUCGGGACCAUGGGUGUGGGUCUGGGCUUUGCCAUCGCGGCUGCAGUGCUGGAGAGGUACCGGAGCAGCGGCCAGCGCGUGGUCUGCGUGGAGGGGGACAGUGCCUUCGGAUUCUCCGGCAUGGAGGUGGAGACGAUGUGCAGGUACAAGCUGCCCGUGAUUAUCAUUGUUGUCAACAACAAUGGGAUAUACAGUGGUGUGGAUACAGAUACAUGGAGAGAAAUGGAGAAGAUGGGGGACAUGACCACUGUAGCCCCCCCUGUUACCCUGCUCCCUGAUGCCCGCUAUGAUGAGGUGAUGGCAGCCUUUGGGGGACGGGGUUUCCUGGUGCGGACGCCAGAGGAGUUACGAAGAGCGCUGCAGCUCAGCCUGGAAGACUGGGAGAAGCCCAGCCUCCUUAAUGUCCUCAUCGACCCUGCCUCAGACAGGAAACAGCAGGAGUUUCCGUGGCUGACUCGUUCUAACCUGUAGUGCCAAACAGAGUCCUUCCCCUGGAGGAACCAGGAUAGGAAAAGCAGGAAGACGAGCACCAAUGCAAGGCUGCAGUGCUCUGCAUCAGUAUUUCUCAACAUUCGUCCUGGGGGCAAUUAUCUGGGUUUGUUAAAAGGGCAGUAUUGCCAAAAAUAGAUAGAUUUUACCCCUUGUACCUUUUUUCUUUUAGCUUCUUCAGCACAAACGCACCCUCAGGACUUGCACACACUCUUAAAGUAGAAUAACGGUCAAGAGAUAUUAACUACAGACCCACGUUUAAUUCACAGACCAGUCAAACCUAAUAAACAUUAUGCCUCAAGGACCAGUGUUUAGAAACACUGUCGUGCAUUGCAUUCAACACUCUCUUUGCAGAACAUUGCAACCAAUGUAUUUUGAUAUUUUGAAAAUACACUGUGACUCAGUUAUGUUUCUGUGAAAUACAUUUGUACCUAACCAUGUUAACUAUGCUGUACAGAAAUUGUUAAAACACUCAAAUGGCUGACUUGUGGUUUGCCACGAACUGUUGAAUUGAAAUAAUCAGUUUUUAUAUUUGCUUUUUAAAAUAGCUUUUGUGAUGGAGGGGGAGUAUUGAGAAGUGUGCAGGAUAAUAGAAAUGCUGUGUAAGAAAGCUGUGUAGAGUGUGGAAUCCAAGAGCAAAUCAGGUCUGUUUCUUAGAAAUUGGAGUUUGUUUGCUUUCCUGCAGGGGGAACCAUCGAUCACUUAAUGCAGCAAGUACUUGACAAGAUGGCAUUUGAUAUAGAAAUGCAAAUGUGUGCUCUCGAUUGGAUGACCAGAACCCUCCCGCAAUCUUCGGGACACCGUACAUCAGGUUUCUCUCAUUUUCUGAGAAUUUAGAAGUUUAUCACUUAUUUGAAGUGAAAAAUAACACUUGGACUGUGAUCAGGCAUACACUUUGUCCUUCAUUGUGGGCCUUAUAAAUAGUAAAGAUAACUUAUUUUAUUAAUUUUCAAGAAAUGCUAAUUGAUUUACUACACAAUAAAUGAUACAGCUGGCUGUCAAGACCUUCUGUCUGCCCUCAUAUGUAAUAAUUUACUUAGAUGCACACCAUAAAAAGAUAGAAAAUUGACAUAUCCCUGAUGUAUAAAGUGGAAGGUAUGCUUUGUCUCAUGUUGUAAGACAAUCCUUAGAUCAAAAUACUCAAGUUCUCACUCCUUUCAACAAGGUAGCCAUUUUUACAAUGUUGUUAUGGGCAUUCAGAGCCUGUUUGUGUGACUCUCUUGGACCAAUGAAUCAAUUUAGAGUUUUAUGGAGAAGUUCUUGUUAAGGUUUCACUUGAAAAGAAUAGUGAUCCCUCCAGUCCCAUAAGUCAUGGCCAGAGAGUUUGAACUUGUUCUCUUUAUUCAUAUAUGACAUCCCGGGAUUUGUAAUAUCAUAAAGGCACAAAAUAAUGUCAUAUGAACCCAUUUUAUUGGUUAAUGAAAAAAGAAUGGUUCUUUGAAAGUAUAAUACAAAAAGCAAUUUUUCAAACGCAUGUUGUUUCUCCCUGUCUUUAUAGAAGGAAUCCACAUCACAUUCUCUAAAAAUGACAGAAAUUGGGCAUUGCAGACCAACUCCAAAGAGUCUAAACUUUUUUUAUAUAAGAGGAAAUCUGAGAGGAAAAAAUGAGUAAAGAGUAAGAUACCUAGAAUAUGUCUGCAAGAGCAAAAAGUGGUAUUGAUCACUUUGAUCUGCUGCUUAAUGCCAACCCUUUUCCAGGGUUCCAUUAAGUGCUUAUAUUUGCUUACGUUACCAGGCUUUCACUUGUAAAGCGCCUUUAUAUAAAAAGGAAGAUUGGCAUUA